AUGGCAUCACCACCCACCUCUCUAGUGUUCAAAGUUCACAGACGUGAACCUGAACUAAUCAAACCGGCUAAGCCCACUCCACAUGAGUUCAAACUAUUGUCCGACAUUGAUGACCAAGAGGGUCUUCGAUUCCACAUUCCAGUCAUGCAAUUUUAUCGCAAUAAUCCUUCUAUGCAAGGGAAAGACCCAGUUAAGUUCAUUAGGGAGGCACUUGCUAAAACAUUAGUGUUUUACUAUCCAUUUGCUGGCAGGCUCAGGGAAGGGCCUAACCGUAAGCUUAUGGUGGAAUGCACCGGCGAGGGUAUCUUGUUCAUUGAAGCUGAUGCUGAUGUUACACUUGAACAGUUUGGCGAUGCACUUCAACCUCCAUUCCCCUGCUUGGAGGAGCUACUCUUUGAUGUCCCUGGCUCUAGUGGGGUCUUAAACUGCCCUUUGUUGCUUAUUCAGGCACAGUCCAAUUCAUGGUGUCUGAUAUAUUAUGCAAAUUGGCAGGUGACACGCCUCAAGUGCGGUGGUUUUCUCUUUGGCCUCCGCCUCAAUCACACCAUGAGCGAUGCCCCAGGACUAGUCCAAUUCAUGUCAGCGGUUGGUGAGAUGGCACGCGGAGCCACCGCCCCCUCCGUCCCAGCUGUGUGGGAAAGACAUGUUCUGAAUGCAAGUAACCCACCACGGGUUACAUGCACCCACCGUGAGUACGAGGAGGUAGCAGACCCCAAGGGUACAAUUAUUCCACUUGAUGAUAUGGCUCAUCGUUCCUUCUUCUUUGGCCCUUCAGAAAUAUCUGCUCUUCGAAAAUUUGUCCCACCUCACCUUAGCGACUGUUCUACUUUCGAAAUAUUAACAGCAUGUCUUUGGAAAUGUCGUACCAUUGCCCUCCAACCAGACCCUACGGAAGAGAUGCGCAUAAUAUGCAUCGUCAAUGCCCGUGACAAAUUUAACCCUCCAUUGCCCAGAGGAUACUAUGGCAAUGGCUUUGCUUUUCCAGUAGCAGUGGCAACUGCAGGAGAACUCUCGAAAAACCCAUUUGGGUAUGCCUUGGAAUUGGUAAGAAAGGCCAAGGCUGACGUGACUGAGGAAUACAUGCGAUCAAUAGCAUCUUUGAUGGUAACUAAGGGAAGGCCUCAUUUUGCAGUGGUAAGGGCAUACCUGGUAUCGGACUUAAGGCGUGCAGGAUUCGAAGAGGUAGAUUUCGGAUGGGGUAACGCUGUGUACGGUGGCGCUGCCAAAGGUGGGGUUGGGGCAAUCCCUGGAGUUGCAAGCUUUUAUAUUCCAUUUACAAAUAAGAAAGGAGAAAGUGGGGUUGUGAUCCCAUUUUGCUUGCCAGCUCCUGCAAUGGAAAAAUUUGUCAAGGAGCUUGAUGGAAUGUUGAAGGGCCCGAGUGGGGAAAAAGCUAAAUCCCAACUUAUCAUAUCUUCCUUGUAA